GGUAGGGGUGGGCGAUAGUGUAUCGAUAUCGAACACCAUCGAUAGUUUGCAGACGAUAUAUCGAUAUUUUGUAUCGAUAUUAAACAGAGCGAUAUUUGGCAGUAUCGAAAGAUUCGGUCCGAUAUCGGAUGAAAAUAUCGUACGUUAUAAUAAAGGUAUAAUUUGCCCUGAACCUAACACAAAUGACGGAGAUAAGAUACGCGGCCAACGCCAACGGUCGCGCCAGCCAAACUGAACUCACUCCCGGCUCGGCUGGCUCGAUUCUUGCUCUCGGCCGCCCGUCGUCGGCCGUCCCUACCCCACCCCUCCCCGUCCCGCUGUUGCCAGCUCGGGCUUGUCGCUGCUCGAUUGUUUACUACGCUGUCCGCGCUCAAAAUUCUUGUGUUUUGGUUGCCGUCAUGGCGCCCCCGAAGAGCCCGGUGUGGAAAUAUAUUGUGAGAAAUACAUCCAAAGAAGGGUACUGCAAAGUAUGUGGGAAGAACGUGCUGCUCAGCGGGAAUACUUCCAAUGCUUGGACGCAUCUCGCUCAACAUGGUGUCUCGCAGAAGAAUGCCUUGGACGAGACCAGCCUCCAGAAGCGCAAACACACCCAGCCUAGUGCAGCAGGAGCAAGUGCAACUUCUAAUGCAAGUGACAGUGUAAGCGAAGCUUCUGCCUCGUCCAGCGCCGGCACACACGCUCCCUCUCGUCGGCGUCGAGUAAUAAACAGCGACGAUGAACAAGCAGAGGAGUGCUUUGAGGAGAAUGCAACAGCCGACACUGCAGCUCCAGCGUCAGGGGCGCGAGAUCUCCAGCUUCCAAGGCUGUCCGAUGUUGGGGCUGCCGCCGGCGGCAAGCGGCCACGAAGAAGUGGAAGUAGGAGUUUUAGCGGUGGACAACAAAUGACCAUAGAUGGAAGUCUACAGCGGGCAUCAUCUUUCAAAGCUGGUGGCGAGAUGGACGCGACCCUCCGCGAUGCCCUUCUCUUCAUGGAAAUGCGGCAAAAUCUCCCCCUGUCUUUUUCUGACGGCGAGGGAUUUCGUCACUUUGCGAGCAAGGCAGUCCCACUCUGGUCACCCCCUUCCCGCCGCACGAUGACAAGAGCUAUGGAGGAUAAGUACGAGGUGCUCUCAGUCUUCGUCAAGGAUAUUAUGGAGGAACUCUCUACAGUGUGCCUCACAGCUGACUGCUGGACAGAGAAGCACACCACUCAAAGUUAUCUCGGCGUGACCGUCCAUUUCCCGGUGAAGACCGAAAUGCGCGCUGCUUGCAUUGGCCUAAUGAAGCUUGACCAAUCACACACAGGACAGUACUUAUCUGGAAAGCUUUUAGAAUUCUGCGGGGACUGGCACAUAGACACGCUUAAGGUGGAGGCUGUCACUGUUGAUAAUGCAGAAAAUAUCAAGCUGGCCGUUAAAACCGCCUUUGGUGAAUCUAAACUUGUGAAUUGCUUUGCCCAUACAUUGAACUUAAUACCUAGAGCGGCGCUUGGCAUGAAGUCAGAUAAUACUACCCCAAACGUACCCGGCGUCCCCGAUCUAAUCAAGAAAGUCAAGGCGAUCGUCACACUGUCACACACUAGCAACAAUUUCGCCGACGAAAUAAGAAGAGUCCAGGUGGAGCACUUCGAUAAGAACCCCAACUUAACUCUGAGACUGAUUAACGAUGUCGUUACCCGCUGGGGGUCCACCUACAUGAUGCUGAAGAGGUUCUUAGAAAUGCAGCGCGUAUUGCUUCUUGCUACAUCCAAGUUCCCCGCCGUAGUCAUGCUUAACGCGGCCGAGCUUGCUUCCCUGAAAGCCAUUAUGGGCGUGCUUGAACCCAUUCAUGACGCAACGACUGAAAUGAGCACGGAGACUAGCACAAGUAUCAGCAAAGUGAUCCCGCUUGUGGCCUUACUUUCUAAGGCAGUUCACAACGUCGCCGUCGAUCCAACAGAUGCCAUGGCCAAGAGGUUCAAACAGUUCAUUCUGGAUGAAACUGUCCGGCGGUUCGGCAAUUGCGAGCACAAUGCACGGCAGGCGGCUUCUACUAUUGUGGACCCUCGUUUCAUGGAGGUCUACUUUCAAAGCCCCCUGGCGGUCUCGAAAGCAAGAAAAUAUCUCGAGGCUGAAAUCGUCAAGGAAAUUAUUAUGGAUUCCUCCGAGCCCGAGCACUCUCAUACUAACGCCACACAAGGGAAUGCCAACGUUGGCAGCGGCGCGGGAGCAGUCAGUGCAGGUGCGCCCGCUCCCUCUCGGCUCUGGAGCUCUCACGCUCAACUGGCAGCUUCUCGCGUAUCCGCUAACAGUGAUGACAUCAACGGCCGUGCUGUGACGGAGCUGAGAAGUUAUCUACAGCGAAACAUCGUCCCCGUGACUGAAAACCCGCUUCAGAUUUGGGAGGCACUAAAAUCAACGUACCCACACCUCUACAGAGUUGCCCGCAGGCUACUGAAUGUAAUGGCUGGGUCCGUACCUAGCGAGAGAUUUUUCUCUACAGCAGGGGAAAUAAUGGAUGAUAAUUCAACUCGCCUCACACCGAAGCACUUUCAGCAGAGGAUUUUCCUUAAGAGUGUUGAACUCUGUGAUUGGGAGAAGGCACGCCUGCUGAAGGACUCUGUUUGAAGUAUUAUUUUUCUGAAUUCUAUUUAAUUUAUACCGCUUGUAAAAGAAAAUUUGAGUUCUAUUUUGUAUGAUACAAAGUUUAAUAUUUUUCUUAAGUUUUUGACUUA